UGCCUCCACGUCAACAGUUCGCGAUCAGCUGUUUGGGAAGGGAAGGGACGGGUCUGUCUGCCUUGCCUGGCCUUUGUCUCUCAGCCACUUUGGACACGAUCUUUGCUUCCAUAAAGUCGCGUAUGCCUUCACUGUGAGCCUUGUGCUUGCCUGGACGCCGUAUUUUAUAACCCGAUGCCUGCGCAGGGGGACAGGCAGCCUGGGUCUCGUCGCCAUGCAGUAGCCAAGAGCUAGAGAUGUGGUGGGGAGGCUCAGAGGGGGAGCAGGUGGGGGACCCCCUGCCUCCAGAUACCCCACCUCAAGCAGCAAGUGCAACCAUGGAGGACCCUCACGUAAUUAAACAGGAGCUCGGAGACCUUAAGGAGCAGUUUGACCAGCAGCAGGCCCUGAUUGGCCAGCUGAAAGACAUGCUGAAAGAUAAGGAUUCUUCGCUCACAUCAAGAGAAAAGGAAGUGGAGGAUCUUGCAGUCAGGUUGGCUAAAAUGAAACCUCGACUUGAGAGACCUGAAGCUAAGAAGAAGAUGAGCCAACAUCUAGAGAGAGUAGGGCAACAAGGGCCAGCAGUGGAAAGCUUGUCGUCACCAGGGCCAAGUGUGGAACCAAGAAGUAGAGGCGGAGGAACUGAGGACAGGUCUGUAGAGGAAAAGAGACUGCCAUCCUCUGAGAGCAGUAGUAGAGCAAAGAUCUUGCUUCUCAGGAAACAACUUGAGGAAAACAGAUCAAAGUUUGAGCGACAGCAGAAAGAGAAUGCAGAAAAACGAGCGACCAUGGAUGAGAUGAAACAAAGAAUAGACAAGUUACGGUAUGAAGUUGAACAUCGAGACAGUCUUAUUCAGUCCCUGCAGGAUGGAAGCAGCUCUAUGUCUGAUGAAUCUAUGACACAAAAGCUUUUACAACAAAUCCUACAUAAAGACAAUACCUUGUUAGAGCUUUCACAAAAAGUAGAACGUUUAGAAGAAAUAAUUCAGGAAAAACAAGAAACCUUGAGUGAAAAAGACAGAUUGAUUGAAUCAAGAACUGAAGCAGUGACAUUGGUUGCUAAGGCAGAAAAUGAGAAGAAUUUAAAAACAUUACAUGAAUUGGAGGAAGUGAGAUAUCAAAUGAAAAAAAUGCAGGAGGAAUUUAUCAAGAAAGAAGAAGAAUAUAUGAAUGAUAAGGAAUCAUUAACAAGGGAUAUCAAAGAAAGAUCUAAAAAAGUCAAACAACUUGAGGACAAUGGUCGCAGACUUGAAAAUCUUAGGUUUGAGCUCAGUACACGCAAUGCUGAACUUCAAGAAAAGAUCGUCACUCUCCAAGCUGACAUCAAGUCACUCAAGAGUCAGGCAGAAAGUGAUCGGAAUUCAUCUGAAGGAAAGGAUAACAUACUUCAGGACUUGAAGCAAAAAUUGGUCAAAGCAGAAGCUCAUGGUCAGAAAAAACUUAGAGCUCUGGAGAAACAGCUUAAAAACAUAAAGCAAGAUGGUAAUUUUGGUGAGCAAAUUUUAUUGCUACAAAAUUCUAUUGCAGAGUUAGAGGAGGAAAAGGGAAACCUGCAGUUAAAGUUGGUUGACUUUGAUGACUUAAAAGCUGCUAAUGAGAAGUUAGUACAUCAAAGGAAUAAGCUUGAAGAACAAGUGAAGCAGCAGAACAAUGACUUAGAUUCACAACUUAGUGCUAUUACAUUACUUGAAACUGAGAAAAUUAAAUUGGUAGAAGGCAUCAACGAACGGGAAAAUCACAUCUAUGAUCUUGAAUCUGAACUAUCAGCCACAAAGCUAAGUCUAACAGAAAGCAAUCAGGCAAAAGUCACUCUAGAGCUUAAGUUAUGUGAAAUUGAGGAACAGAGGGACAUGGCAGAGAAGGCAAAGGCAGAACUGGAAGGUCAGAUGUCAGAAUCCAACAUAGUAUCUGUAGACCAACUCAAAAUUGAAAAGGCUAGCUUAGAAGAAACCCUCCAAAUCGUUACAAAAGAGAGAGAUGAGUGGAAGGAUAAAUUCAGUGGUCAGAUUUCUACUGUUGAUGAGUGUGAAGGGAAAACAAAAAGAGCUGUGCAGGAGAUGGAAGAAAAGACUAAAGAGUGUAAACGCCUCAUGAACAUCCUCACAGACAAAGAGAAUACCAUUACUACCAUGUCAAUAAAAAUAGACAAACAUGAUUUAGUUAUUGCUGGUAUUGAAGAAAAACUAACAGCAACUAUAAAGGAAGCUGAUGAGAAGAAAAUGGAGCUUGAAGAAAUGAGGAGAAAGUUCCAGGAAGAAAUGGAAAUGGUAACUCACCUGAAUUCACAGCUUGAAGGAAAGUCUGCUGAACUUCACGCAAAGGAAAAUGAAUUGAUCACAUUAAACCAAACUGUGGAGACUCUGAAUCGGACAGUGAAUGAGAGAAACAUUAGUAUUCAAAACCUUGUAGGAGAAGUGUCAUCAUUACAAGAUGAAAUAAAGGUUAAAGAUAAGUCCAUCGAUGGUCAUAUUAAAAGACUGGAGAAAUUGGAAGCCCAGCUGCAUCAUCAGGAUACCAGGAUAGAAGAGCUUCACACCUUGUGCAUGCAAAAGGAGCAGCUGCUGAGUGAGGAGAGUAAAGAAGUUAAAAUGCUAAGAAAUGAACUCACCAGUUUGUCUCAGAAGUAUGAAACAACAAAAUCUUCCCUUGAAACUGAAUUAAAUAUUGUGGUGACAAUGAUGAAUGACCUGAAGAAUAAGCUGGAGGCUGCAGAUCUAGAGGUGAAAGUGAAAGAAAAAGAAAUUCAAAAUAAUCAGAUUGUAAUUUUUAAAUAUGAGGAAGAAGUUUGUUCCAAAAAUGUAUUAAUAGACGAGGUUGAAACCAAUAAAAGAUCUUUGCAAGAAAAAGUUAAUGAGUUAAGCCUAGCUCUUACUGAAAAAGAAAAUAAUGUUCUAAAACUUCAGACAGAAGUAGAAGAAUAUGCAUCUCAUAUUGAAAGCUUAAAUGAACAUAUCGGAACAUUAGAAAAACGACUAUCAGUGCUGCAAGAAGAAAAGUCACAGCUAUCACAAAUGCAAGUUGCUUUACAAGAUGAAGUUAAUGAAACCAAAUCUCUUGUGCAUCAGAAAGAAGAGAGUUUACUUUACCUUAACACAGAAAUAGCAAGUAAAUCUCAUGAACUAACUCAUGAAGCAGAAUCACUGAGACAAGAAUUAGAGGAGAAAAAUCAGCAUAUUGUCACACUUGAAAACUCUUUUAGAAGCCUCACAAGUGACUUGGAAAGCAAAGCAUCUGAGGUAGAAAAAUGGCAGACAGAAGCCUUAGAAAAGAGUGACCGUCUGGCUGAGCUGGCACGUGCAUUGGACUCUGCUCAUCUUGAAGUGCAAGAGAAAGAUGCCACAGUAACAGAACUCUACACUCUCAUAGCACAGAACCAGGAGCAGCUUACUGUUGCUCAGGAAGAAAAGCAUCAUGCACAAACACAGCUAAGUGAACUCCAGGAAACCUAUAGACUGAAGGAAGGUGAGCUCUUAGAAAUUCAGAAUCAGUUGCAUGGGACUCAGACAUCACUAGCAGAAAUACAAGACCAGUUGGAAAAGUCCCAAAGUGAAUUGAGUUCUACAUAUACUAAACUACAGGAAGCACUGGGUCAGUGUCAAAAUAAUUCCUCUGUUAUAUCUCAGUUGGAGCAAGACCUCCUGUCAAAGUCAACCACUAUGAAAACGGCUGAGGAUCAGUUGGGUGACCAGUUAGAAAACACCAAAAAGGAAUUAGAGGCUGUGAGUGCUGAACUACAGACACAGAAAUCAAAGGUAGCCAAUUUGGAAAAAGAGAUUCAAGAAAGCAGAGAGUAUGCUGAAAACCUGGAAAUUGGCUCCACAAAGGUUCAUGAAUGGGCCACACAGUUACAGAGUGAGUUGGAAACAGCCAAGGCACAAAAGACCUACAUCGAUAAUGAGCUUUCAGCUACUAAAGAUGAACUGAUGUCUAAAAGCAGCCAACUAGAGAAGCUUCAAAAUGAACUUGAACAAGAGAGACAGAGUGCACAAUCCCUACAGGCUGAGCUCUCUCAUGCCCUUACCCUCAGUGAACAAAAUGAGGGUGAAGUGAAAGCAAUCUCACUUUCCCAGCAACAAAAAAUAAGUCAGCUAGAAAGUCAGUUGCUAGCAGUUACCCAAGCCCGAGACCAGCUAGAAACAGAUAUUCAGGAGACAAAGAAUCUCUUGCAGAGUCAGACUGAUUUUAGUGUUGAAUUGAAUGCUAAUGUAGAGAGUCUUCAAGAAGUAAUCACCAAAAAAGAUGAAGAAAUACAAAUGCUUCAAAGUACUUUACUUGAAAAUCAAAAGGCAAAAGCUGAAAUUGAAAGCUCUUUAAAAAAUGUAAUGGAAGCCAAAGCAAAUUUAGAGAGUAACAUUCCAUCCCAGUCUCAUCCCUCUUUCCUUGCUGAUGACCAGGACACUUACGUGUUUGGCUUGAAGAAUGAACUUGAAGCAGCACAAAUUCACUCCCAACUCCUGGAGAAGGAGCAUAAUACCCUUCAUACUGAAAUAAACAGUUUGAAACAGCAGUUGCAAGAGGCACGGCAGACAAUCACACAACUCCAAACCUCCCUGGCUGGGUCAGCAACACCCCCACAACCUGAGUGGGAUGACUGGGGAGAAGUGGAUCUGGGCACACCAGAUUCACAGGGGGCCGUUCAAGUUCAGGCAGACACUGAUGUCAUAAACCUUAAGAAAGCUUUAGCUGAUAAAGAUGAGUUGUUACAAAUGAUACAGGAGCAACUAAAAGAAGCACUGCAGCAAGUAAAUACCAUCACAGAAGAAAAGAAAGUUUUGGAACAGAAAAGGAGGAGUGAUGAAGUUGCUGCAGCCCAACAACAACAGCAACAAGAUCACUUGAAAGAUGAACUUAAUACUUUGAGUGAAGUACAAAGUGCUUAUGAGGAGGUAAAACAAAAAGUCACUGAACUUGAAAAUGAACUUGCUGGAAAACAGCAUGAAAUUGAGAUUCUUCAGCACACACACAUUGAUCCACAAGGACAGCAACAUCAAACUGUUGCACAGGACCAACAGAUGUCUGUUGGUCAUUCCCCUGAGGGAGCAAGUGAUAUUCAUCCCUCUGAAGGAACAAGUGAUGCUUGGCCAGCAGAUUCAGUAGAAGCACAAGGUGAGGGAAUUCAGCCUUCUGCAGUUUUGGAGAAUGAGGAAGCUGUUACUCCACGGACACAACCUGCUGCGGAUGAUCCCUUCUCUUCCUUGAAUACUGCAAACGCAGAAAGCAGUGAGCAAGAUCCAGCUAGUUGGUUUGAUCAAGAGAGUAUACAACAACAACCAUUCCAAACAACAGAAGUUGCAUUUCCACAAGAGACUUCAUCCCAACCUCUGCCAGAGCAGACCCAGACAGAAAUCAGUCUUGAGGAGUUGCAGUAUAAGCUUUCCUGGUAUGAAGAAAAUUGGUCCACCUGGACUGGGCACUACACUCAGCUGCAGGAAACCCACCAAGAGGCUCAGCAACAGAUAGCACAAUUAACACAUCAGUUACAAGAGCUCCAAGUCACAUCCUCACAAAAUGUUGAUACAAUGGAAAAGUCCACUACUGAUGACUCUACAUUAUUACAUAAUGAAAUUUCAAACAAGCAGCAGCAGAUCACUGAUCUACAAAACAAGCUGGCUCAUGUUGAAGAAACUUUUGAUCAAUUGAAAGGAGAAAAUUCCACUUUAAAAGAAAAAAUUGAAUAUUUCAAGGCUCUUGAAGCACAGUCUGAUCUGUCUUCAGAUUCAGGUUUGAUUGCAACUCGUUUAGCUGAGGCUGAAGUGGAAGUUGACCGUUUGCGGGGCUUUGAGACUCAAGUAUAUGAACUACAGAGUCAGGUUCAGGCUCUCCAGCAUCAGUGCAAUGCCAUGCAGAACAAACUGGCAGAAGCAGAAACUGAAAGAACUCGCUUGCAUGAAAUUGAGGUUCUUUACGGUGAACUGCAGUCAUGCAUUCAGGAGUCCGAAACCAAACGGGAAGGGUCCAAGUCUCGUGUGCAGGAACUGGAAUUGAUGGUGCAGUCAGCUGAGUCUGAAAUUUCACGACUGAGAAAUGAAAUUGAAGUGCUUAACCAAGCUAGUGAGGCCGUGCAGAGUGACCGAGAGAGACUCGAAACAGACGCACAUGGUCUUGGGGCAGAGAUGACCAAACUAGACUGUGAGGUUCAGCAUUUGCAGAGUGAGGUGAAGAAAUACAAAAAAGAAAUAGGAAGACUACAAAAUGAUAAUGAUGCUUCUAAAGCAGAAACUCUGACACUACAAAAUGAAAUUGACCAGUGUAAAGCUGAAAUUCUCAGGCUUGAAAGGGAAAAUGAAGGUCUUCAAAGUGAUACUGCAGGAACAAGAAGUCAAUAUCAGAGGUUAGAACAAGAAAGUAAUCAGUUAAGAAGUGAACUGGAGGUCAUGGAGGGAGAGCAUGGAAGAUUACGAUGUGAUUAUGAAAUCCUUGAGGGAGAAAACAGUAGGGUAAGAGGAGAAUAUGAAGCCCUCUCUCAGGCAAGCCAGUUGACUGAAGCUGAAAAAGAAAGUCUUGAUAGUGAAGUACAAAGAAUAACAACUCAAAACAAUACACUCACAUCAGAGAGUAAACACCUUCGUGAUGAGAUUCAAAGGUUGACGGAAGUUAGCACUUCAGCAGAAACUGAAAUAAAUCGCCUGAGAUUGGAAAUUGAAAGAUUUAGAUCACUUGAUUCUCAGUACAGAGAAUUAGAAGGAAAAUAUAGUGAUUUGCAGAGCCAAGUUGCUUCUUUUGAAAGUGUACCAAGUAGCAAAAGCAUACCUGCCUCUGAGCCUUAUAAUCUGUUAGCAGAAAUUGAUUGGGGUGCUGAGGGUCAUAUUGAAGAUGAACACCUGUUACAGUCUUCUGGUGAUGCAAAGUACCAGGAAGAGAUAGAAUCCCUUAAGGAGAAACUAAUUGCAUUAGAAAAGGAAAAGAAUGGUAUAUAUGAUGAGCUUCAGGCAGCAAAAAUGAAAAGUGGAAAGAUGUUACAAAAGCUGAAGCUCACACAAAAUAAGAAUGAAUCUUUAACUAAAGAAAUUCAAAAGUUGAAAGCAAAGGCUGGAGGCUUCUCUGACUUAGACCAAGCACUGGAGGAGGAAUGGAAGGCUCAGGUCACAAGAGCAGAGACAGAAAGAGAUGAACUGAAGCAGAAACUUGAUGAAGCUGAGAGUGAGAAAGAGCAUCUGGCCAGUCAGGUAGAUGUAUUAACAGCAGCACAAGAGAAGUACCUGGAGCUGAAGGAGAAUCAGGACAGCACACUCCAGCUCAUGAGGGUCCACAACAAGGAACUUGAAGGCCAAGUACAUGCCCUGGAAUGGAGAAUAUCAGAGCUUGAAGAGAGUUUAGAGGAGCAACAGAAAAUGGAAUCCCCCUCCACAGAUCAUCCUGCUGUUCGGGAUGCAACAGGAGAAACCAAGAAAGCAGCUCAACCAACAGAGGAACUUUAUUCUCUUUCAAAACAAGUCUCGGACUUGCAGCAGGAAGUUGAAGUACUGAAAUCAGAAAAUAGUAGGUUGCAAAUAUGCAACGAAGAGUUUGAAGAGAAGAUCAGACAGCUUAGUAGUGAUAAUGAAUCCUUCCAGUCACUUAUAAACAGUCUCAAAGCAUCUAAAGCAAAGGCAGAAAUGGAUGUCAAUAACUACAAGUCAUCCUUUAUUGAACUUGAUUCUGAGCACAACACCCUCAAAAAGGAAAAGGAGAAAGCGAAUGAAGAACUCAGAGAGCUGACCUAUACCCACGACACCCUCAAGGCUGCAUACAACUCCAUGUUUUCUGAGUAUAAUGACCUGCGCGAUGUUUCCGACAGCUACAAGCAUGACGUAGGAAUUCUAAAAGGAGAGAGGGACCGCCUGGUUGAGGAGGUUGAGAGUCUUAAGAAGCAGUUAGGAGCUUUGCAUGAAGAAGAAGAGGAAGAAAUUAUACGUGCCUUACAGGAUGAGUGUUUCAGUUUGAGGGAGCAAAAUAACCUGCUGCAUGAAGGGAACACUGCCCUAGAAGUACAGGCUGAGGAUGCCAAAGAAAAAGUCAGCAGGAUCAAUAAUGCACUGGAUCAGAACCUUGAAGUACAGCAGCUUCUUCGAGAUGAAUUGACCAAGAAGAAUGAAGAGAUGGCCUUCCACACUACCACCAUUGAGGGCCAGGACCGUCAGAUAGCUUACCUCAAUGCUGAAAUUGCUGCUAUGAAGGCCAAACUAACACAAUAUGAUCAGGCUGAGGAGAGCAGUGAGGAGCUUACACAGAAACUACAGCAGCAGGUUGAGCAAUUGCAGGAAGUUAAUCAACAACUGCAACUCCAGGUAAAAUCAGCUGAAACUUCUCUUACAAAGUUGGCAAGAUCAGGUCAAGAAGAGGACAGUUCUGCAUUUACUCCCAUGGACUCCUCUAGUUCUGAGCUAGAGGCAGCAUUGGCCUCUCUACACCUGCGAGACUUACGAUGUCAACAGCUCUCUCUUGAGAUUACAAAGUUGCUCGAGGAAAGAGAUGCUUUACAAUUGAAACUCAGUGCUUCCUUAAGACAAACACAAGAGCUUAGUCGUGAGUUGAGUUUGAGUCACCAGCUCCCACCACCUGCCUCCCCUGCACCCUCUCUCCACCAGAAGCUUGCUGAAUUAAGAGAACUUAAUGACUCUCUGGAGCAGAAAGCUUUAUCCAGUCUUCAAGUAUCAGCCUCAGGUGGUCUAGGUCAAAGGAUGUCAGUGCCUGGUCUGCCUUCCUCACCCAUGUUUGUAUCUCAUACAGCCCCUGCGACACCUACUGCCACCAGACAUGCUGAUUACACACUUACUCGGGAGACACAAGGGACGUCAUCUACAUUAUUUGACUGGCUUAUGGGCAAGAGCACACCCCGAGUGAUGCAUGUGUGACCUUCGAUUGGGCUGAGUGGAGCACAAGGGACCCGUUGAAUUCCGACUUAAGCGCUAAACGUCAUGUCCUUCCAUUUAUAUAUCUUAGCAUCACAUAUAUGUAUUAUCAGACUGCUGUAUUAUAUCAUAUGCUGAACAUAUGAUAUAACCUGUAAUAUAAUAAAAGAUAACUCACUGUUGACUAUAUUGUGAUGUCAUAGUCCAUAUCAAGAAAUGUGGUUGAAAUAGAUUUGUACGUACUGUUAAAUUUGCAGUUGGUACAAAAUAAAACCAACUUGUAGAAUAUUAAGGUUGUUAUUAAUAUAUUGACCUUUUAUACCAAA